AUGGCUCUCAACCGUGCCAUGCUUGCUCUCACACUGUGUCUUGCUCUUGUGGCCUCAUGCAUUGCUCAAUCACCUGCUGCUGCGCCUACAACAACACCAGCUCCACCCACCACAACGGCCACACCACCUACAAGUGUUGCAGUUCCACCUACUGUCAUGACUACUCCACCGGCUUCUUCGCCGGCUCCGGCCGUGUCAGCUCCUCCAACUAUGACUCCUCCACCGGCAUCUGUACCAACAAUGUCACCAGGACUUCCACCUUCACCACCUGCACCUAUGGCACCUUCUCCUAGCACUGGACCCUCACCAAGUGUGGCUGCGCCGCCCAGUGAAUCACCGGUGGGAUCUAAUCCUGCCUCCGGUGCAUCUGUUCAUGGAAGUAGCUUGGCUUUGCUAGCUUUGUUUGGAGGAGUCGCACUUUUUGUCUAGGCUAGAACAAAUGGGUUCAUUGCUUUUGAGACUUCUACUUCAUUUGAUGUAGAUUAAGGUAAUUAUUUGUGUAUUCUUUUUCUUUUCUUUUAAAUUGUGAUUUUUGGAACUUUAUUUUGUGAGGAUGAGGAUGAUUGGAGCUGAAUUGAUCGGAUAUUAUUGCUCUUUUUGUACCAUUUUCACUUGGAUGAAAUAAAAAAAAAAAUUUGGUGACUCUUGUUU